AUGGACCAACGCUGCUGGGCGUCUUCGAGGAGAGGACCUUUGGUAUUCGUGUACGAGGCGCCGGUGCGGCGGGACACGGAGCGGUUGGCCUACGGUGGCUGUGGACCUGUGGACGCCAUCUGUGAAACAUCUACGGUGGCCCGCGUGGACACACUGGUGGGAGACAGUGAAGGACACAUCCGCUUCAUGACCCCCGAGGAAGCCCAGGCCGUCGUCAACGACCGCUCGGCCGUCGCCAAGGAACACGGCUGGACGCUGGAUCUGCUCUCCGGUGAUCAUGAGUAAAGGUAUUGGCAGAAGAUUUUGGUGGACCGCCAAGUGAAGUUGAACCGUCCGAGGGAAAAGAAACGAGGAACAGAAAAGGUCAUCUCGAAGGCGGAGAAGAUCAUCAUGGCCCGAGCCUUUUUGUAUAAACACGGGGUCAAAGGUCAGCAGCUGCAGUGA